AUGGCUUGUGUUAAUGCCGAUGGAUUAUUUACGACGAUAGAUGUUGGUGAAGUAGGAAGAAAUAGUGAUGGUGCUGUAUUUCGAACUUCAAAUCUUGGACGUGCUUUAAAUUUAGACAUAUUACAAUUACCUCUUCCUAGACCUUUACCUUCAAGUAAUAAUGAUAAUAAUUAUCGAUUUUAUUUUGUCGCAGAUGAAGCUUUCCCCCUCACUAAAUAUUUAAUGAGGCCUUAUCCAAAACGAAGUUUGAAAAAUAAAAAAAGGGUGUUCAAUUAUAGACUUUCUAGAGGCCGCAAAAGCGUCGAGUGUGCUUUUGGUAUGUUAGUAUCCAAGUUUCGUUUAUUUGAAGGGCCAAUUUGUUGUAAGGAAGAAACUAUAAAUAACAUUAUAAAAGCUGCUUGUGUCCUACAUAAUUAUAUUCGUAUCAAACAAGGAAUAUUUUCUCAUCCUAAAAUAUUUGACACACAACAAAAAAAUCGACAAGUUCAGGCACAACAAAAUCACGAGAGACAAGUAAGGUCGUUAUCAGAGGCACAACAAAACAGAGAAAGAUUAUGUGAAUAUUUUAUGACACCAGCCGGUUCUAUUCCAUAUCAAUGGAAUACUAUAAUUUAA